UACUGUAAAGUACUCCUUAUGUAGGGACCGGAUACACAUCUUGUCUCUUACCGCUGCGCUUCGGUAGCAGGUUGAACUGCGUUACAUUCUGGGUGCUCUUGGACCAGGCUCCGCCCACCAACAGCGGGGAGUGAGGACGCACCCCCAGAAGAUUAUGACUUUGGGCCCCCUCUCCCUGACCGAAGGCGAACGCGUUUGUGGAUAGGGUCUGGGGUCGCAAUGAGAACUUACCUCCUGCUGGCACUUUGGAUGGCCCUGCCCCAGCCUGGACACGCCGUGGUCUUUGCACAAAGGACUACAGGGGCCAUGGCGCAGGGGUCACUGGGACAGAGAGGGGAAGGAGGGGCAACGCUGAGACGCUCCAAAAGAGGCUGGAUGUGGAACCAGUUCUAUAUACAAGAGGAAUACAUGGGAACGGAUUACCAAUACAUGGGCAAGCUCCACUCUGACAUGGACAAAGAGGACGGCAGCGUGAGGUACGUCCUGUCCGGGGAGGGCGCCGGCACCUUGUUCGUCAUCGACGAGAACUCGGGCGACCUCCAUGCCACCAAGAGGCUGGACAGGGAAGAGAAGGCCAACUACACCCUCCGCGCCCAGGCGGUGAACAAGAGGACCGGCCAGCCCCUGGAGCCAGAGACCGAAUUCAUCGUCAAGGUCCAGGAUAUCAACGACAAUGAGCCAAAGUUUGCCAAAGAGGUUUACACUGCCAGCAUUCCUGAAAUGUCUGACGUUGGGACCUCUGUCAUCCAAGUCACGGCGACAGACGCAGACGACGGCAUGUACGGGAACAGCGCCAAGCUGGUCUACAGCAUCCUACAGGGAGACCCCUACUUCUCCGUGGACCCCAAAACGGGCAUCAUCAGGACGACCCUGCCAGACAUGAAGCGGGAGUCGCGCGAGCACUACCAGGUGGUGAUCCAGGCCAAAGACAUGGCGGGGCAGAAGGGCGGCCUCUCCGGCACCACCACGGUCAACAUCACCCUCACCGACGUCAACAACAGCCCACCCCGAUUCCCUCAGAGUACGUACCAUUUCAGCGUGCCCGAGUCAGCGGAGGUGGGGGCGCAGGUGGGCAGGGUGAAGGCCACAGACGAUGACAUCGGUGUGAACGCUGAGAUGGCGUACAGCGUGGUGAGCGGAGAGGGCCAGGACGUCUUCGACAUCGUGACCGACAGCAGAACGCAGGAGGGGGUCAUCAGGGUCAAAAAGCCUCUGGACUUUGAGAGGAAGAAGACGUACACGCUGAGGGUGCAGGCGGAGAACACCCACCUGGACCCACGCUUCUUCCGGCUUGGCCCUUUCCGCGACUCCACCACAGUGCGGAUCAGCGUGCAGGACGUCCCCGAGCCGCCCGUCUUCGAGAGGCCGCGCUACGCGCUGGAGGUGAAGGAAGACGCCCGCGUGGGCACCGCCGUGGGCUCGGUCAGCGCCGUGGACCCUGACGUCACCCGCAGCCCUGUCAGGUACUCCAUCGACCGGGUGACGGACCUGGACCGGCUGUUCAGCGUGCACCCGGGAAACGGCUCCAUCUUCACCCUCAAGUCCCUGGACCGAGAGGAGAUCGCCUGGCACAACAUCUCUGUGAUCGCCACGGAGUUCAGCGACCCCAGGCAAACCAGCCGCGUGCCGGUGUACAUCAAGGUCCUGGAUGUCAAUGACAACGCCCCCACGUUCGCCGCUUACUACGAGACGUACGUCUGCGAGAACGCCAAGGCCGGGCAGAAAAUACAGACAGUGAGUGCCGUGGAUGCAGACGACCCCGCAGGCGGACACAGGUUCUUCUUCAACCUGGCUCCAGAAAGCUCUGUGAGGGCCAACUUCACCGUCAGAGACAACAGAGAUAACACAGCGGAAAUCCUGACGCAGCGCAGCGGCUUCAGCCGCCUGGAGCAGAGCAGCUACCUGGUUUCCGUGGUGAUCACGGACGGGGACUACCCCCGGCAGAGCAGCACCAGCACGCUGACGGUGCGGGUGUGCGCCUGUGACCGCGAGGGCAACAUGGAGCUGUGCAGCGCUGAGGCCGUGGCGCUGUCUGCCGGGCUCAGCACCGCCGCCCUGGUGGCCAUCCUGCUCUGCGUCAUCAUCCUGCUGCUGAUCGUGGUUCUGUUCGCCGCCCUGAGGAGGCAGAGGAAGAAGGAGCCGCUGAUCAUCUCCAAAGAGGACGUGCGGGACAACGUGGUGAGCUACAACGACGAGGGGGGCGGGGAGGAGGACACGCAGGCCUUCGACAUCGGCACGCUGCGCAACCCGCAGGCCGUGGACGGCAACAAGCAGCGGCGCGACAUCAUCCCGGACUCGCUGCUGGCCCCGCCCAUCCGGCGGACCCCCGCCCCGUCCCGAGACAACGCCGACGUGCGGGACUUUAUCAACCAAAGGGUGCAGGACAACGACAGCAACCCCACGGCCCCGCCCUACGACUCCCUGGCCACCUACGCGUAUGAGGGCAACGGCUCGGUGGCGGAGUCCCUCAGCUCGUUGGCCUCGGCCACCAGCGAGGGCGACCAGGACUACAAUUACCUCAGCGAGUGGGGGCCCCGCUUUAAGAAGCUGUCCGACCUGUAUGGGGGGGAGGACAGCGACAGGGACGCGUAACCUGAGGACGAAAAACAAACUGCCACGUUUUAUUCUUCUCUUUCUUUCUUGCUCUCUUUCUUUCUGUCUUUUUUCGACAAAGUGUCCUUGUACUCUUUAAAGUUCUCUUUGUACCAACACUGGCUUACCCCUGCUGCUGACCGGAAGGCAACCGCAACCAAACACAUCCGCAAAGCGGAGACGUCUCACACACACACACACACACACGCACACACACAC